UUUCCCAACAUCGACACUCACCACCUGACCAUAAAUAAGUGAGGUAGUGAGUCCACUUGCUGUAUUAGAAUGAUAAAUGCCAUGGCUCAUCUUACAUACGCCGCCAAUGCCGAGCCUUCUAGCCAGCAUAACUCAACACUCUACAGUAUGCCUCCAGUGGACGACAACGAAGAUCUGAUUGUAGACGACCAGGAGAUCACUGAAGAUGUCAGCUCAAUCUCUGGCAACAGUACUAUUGAAUCAUCCAAUACAAGUGUGGCAAGCUCAGUGCUUGAUUACCGCCUCGAAAACGGACGAACAUAUCACAAGUAUAAAGAUGGCAAAUAUUACGUACCCAACGACGAAAAGGAGAAAAACAGACUCGACUUACAACACAACAUGUUCCUCCUCAUGUUCGACAACAAGCUUGGGUCCGCCCCGCUGAACGAGAGAGGUACAAAAAUUGGGCGGACACUAGAUCUCGGCACUGGAAGCGGGAUAUGGGCCAUGGAGUUUGGUGAUGAACAUCCUGAAGCGGAGGUUCUUGGUAUCGAUCUUUCCGCAACGUGGCCAAAUUACAUGGGACCGAACGUGAAAUUCGUGAUAGAUGACCUUGAGGAACCCUGGACUUAUGCCAAGCCGUUUGAUUAUAUCCAUAGCCGCAUGAUGGCGUCUUCCAUCGGCGAUUGGGAGACGUACAUACAGAGAUGCUUUGACAAUCUGAAUGCUGGCGGAUAUCUGGAACUCAAUGAGUUCGACAUCAUUCCCACGUCCGACGACGGAACGUUGAGGAAAGAUUCCGCAAUGCUGAAGUCAUCUCAAAUGAUUAGAGAAGCUGCAGCAAUAUUUGGACGACCAUUCCGGGAUGUUGUAGGAUUAGCAGACCUGAUGAGGGGCAUUGGCUUCAGGGAUGUCUACAUCAAACGAUUCAGAUGGCCAACCAACGCAUGGCCUAAAGACCCUAAACACAAGGAGUUGGGACUGUGGAAUAAUGAGAACAUCACAACCGGGUGGGAAGGCUUCUGCAUGGCGCCUUUUACGAGAGCGUUGAACUGGACGAGGGAAGAAGUUCUGCUGCUCAUGGACCAGGUUCGCCAUGAGUUCAACGACAAAAGCAUUCAUGCAUACUUCAAUGUUUGGUCGAUCCACGGCAGGAAGCCUACGGCAGAUGAGAUAGGCUUCGGGGAGGAUAACUGAGUGAUUUGUGGUAUUUGUAAAUGGUUCAUCUGCCCGUGCUAGUCUCUAUCCGAUCUCAUCUUCGGACUUAUGAUCACUCCCUCAAGUACGAAUCCGAAUUGCGGCAGGUUCAGGCCGCGAAAGCUGGUGCGUGGGUUGCUAGUUGAGAUUGAAUUCGAGCUUGCAUCUAUAACGCAGUUCUGUUACAUGUUAUAUCGUUUCAGACGAAGUUCUGACGAAGUUCUGCUGAUAAUUAGGCGGAAAUCCAUCCUAAACUUUCUUUCCUUGCUCAAGUACCAGACUCCCUUUGCGAUCUUCGCUCGCUGGCCACUCUGCGCGCUGGCUGUACUGUCCACAUUGGCCACCUCCAGCAAAUUUGG